AUGUUGAGCCCUGUCGAGGUAGAAGAGACCUGCUGGAGCGGUCUUGGCACAGUCACCCCUGACCUGCGGCAAAGCGUUGUGCCAGAGAGACAAGGCCAAAACCGCGCCAGGUUUCAGCGUGCUGACAACCAGAGAGGACGGGCAAUCGCGUGCCAGCUCAGAUCCGUGCCUGGGCUUUGUUUUGUGUGCCUCUAUAAACAUGACCUCUCAGUUGCUUCCGAGAGGUCACACAGUCCUCCGGCUGUAACACAGGAAAAUGGUAGCCAGAGAGAGGGACCAGAAAUAAACAUCUCGUGUUGCAAUACAUGCAAAAGGCCGUAUGAACAGUCUACAAAUGAAGAACAGUUUGCAAAGCGUGUAAAACACGAUGAAGUAUACUCAGUGCCUACAGUCAGUCAAGAUAAAUUUUCAUAUAUGGGUGACUUUGCAGUCGUUUACACAGAUGGUUGUUGCUCAGGUAAUGGCCGUAAUAGGGCACGUGCUGGAAUAGGUGUCUACUGGGGACCAGGCCAUCCUUUAAAUACCAGUGAAAGACUUCCUGGACGGCAGACUAAUCAAAGAGCAGAAAUACAUGCAGCCUGCAAAGCAAUAGAGCAAGCAAAGAGUCAAAACAUCAAGAAACUAAUUAUCUACACUGAUAGCAAGUUCACUAUUAAUGGUAUUACGAGCUGGGUUGACAACUGGAAAACAAAUGGCUGGAGAACAAGUUCAGGAGGAAGUGUAAUAAAUAAAGAAGAUUUUGAAAGACUUGAUAAUCUAUCAAAAGGCAUAGAAAUUCAGUGGAUGCAUGUUCCUGGUCAUGCUGGCUUCCAAGGAAACGAAGAAGCUGAUAGACUGGCAAGAGAAGGAGCUACUAAACAGAAGUCCUGAUGUACUGGGACUAGAGACUGUUGCAGUGGGAGGAAAAGGACAACAUCACAGUGACAGCUUGAACUGCUGUAAUUGUUUCAGAGUUGAACUUUGAACUGUACUUCUUUCUGGCCUGAAGUGUUAAACAUGUACCAACUUCUGGGGAGAAAAACCUCA